CAAGUUCAAUUUUACGAUGAAACUAUCGCCAUCAAAGAGCAAUAUUGUAUUGGUGACUCUGAUACUUCCUUUCACCCGAGUGGCACCUUAGACUCUUUGUACGAUUCCAGUUUCGGAGCCCCAGUUGGGCUAUACACGAGCCCUGAUCAACAUGAACUGUCGGAGUCGGAGUCUGCCUCAGGACCUCGAUCAUCUAUAAGUCCAUCCGUACCACAUAUAUAUAGUGAGGAGAUUCUCGUCGUCAUAUUGUCUCUUGGUUCCUUUGUUUGGCGCAUCUCAACUAACUAUGUGUUCGGUAACGGGCCAGCUUGUCAGACCCCAGGGGUACCCUUGUAUCUUGGAAAUGAUCGUGGGUCUAGUUUGCCUUCAUCGCCAAAUAGGAACCUGCAUGAGAACAGAACCACCGAUGCUCAGAAUGCCUCUUUUAGUGAGAGGGAGGCCGCACUUAUACGCAACUAUGUCGACAAUAUGGCCCUGUGGGCCGAUAUAACCGACCCCCAACGACAUUUUGAGAUCGAAGUCCCAUUGAGAGCACUUGGGGAGCCAGUAUUACGUUAUGCAAUCUUUGCGUUCUCUUCUCGACAUAUAGAUAGACAGAGACAAAAAGACAUAUCUGAAGCCCUACAAUACCAUAACCACUGCCUCCAGCUUCUUAUUCCCGUUCUGUCUGGGCCCAGAGAUAGUAUCACAGAUACGGUUCUUGCUGCAGUUGCGAUUCUCCGGCAGCAUGAGGAAAUGGACUGUGAGGACCAUCAGUUCCAUUUGACAGGUACAACCCAGAUCUUGAAUACGAUAUCAUCGUUCGGAUCAAGCGGAGGCCUUGGUGAGGCAGCAGCUUGGUUAUGCCUACGUGAGGACAUUUACAUAUCACUCAUUUCGCAACGACCAUUACAAACGGACUUGCAUCGUUUCAGCAAUUCAAAUGUCUUCCGCCGGGAGGACGAUUUUGCUUGGGCGAGUCGGAUGGUCUUUCUUCUAGCCAAGGUUCUCAAACACGCAUUCAAUCACGAUCGCACAGUCAGUCAUUCGAUACUAGAAGAAAUUGGUAAGGAGAUUGAGAAAUGGAAUACCGGAAAGCCGCCCACAUUCCAGCCUAUCCAGUAUGUCCCUCGUAGCAAUGAGGUGCAUCGAAGAUUUCCAGGAGUCUGGAUGCUGCUGCCCGUCCACGUGGUUGGCGUUCAGUAUUAUCAUAUCGCUCAAAUCAUACUCGCAUUUUCCUAUCGUCCGAACCCGUCUCUGGCGUACGAGAGUUUCAGGCAAUCGCGCAAUAUAGAGAAAACCGUUCGAGGCCACCUUCUCACCGUCCUUGGCUUAGCAAAGUCUAACCCACGGGCCGAAAACACUCUUUUCACUGCGCGGCAUAGUCUAGUUUCAUGGGGGUGGAUACUCCGGCAAAGGCAAGAUCAGGAAGCUGCUGAAAAUCUGCUAAGAGACGUGGAGACAAGGACUGGCUGGGACGUGUCCCAAUCAAUUCAGUCCCUGAGAGAGCAGUGGUGUGAUGGAUCCGAUGAUAAUUGA